UGGAUAUUUACAUCCGGUGGUCGUUCCACGUGCAGCGUAGCUAGCUGGGACAAAACUGUUGUGUGUCGGCCUAGGCUAAGGCUAAGUAAAAUACUUUUUACUUCUCGGUUUUUCUCAUUUUUUUAGAGGGGACACCGAGAUUCUAUGUUGAAUUAAUACCGAGAGGCAGAUGGAUCGAUCAGAGCUCCGUAAGCAAGUCUACAAAUACCGGUACCGGGUAUAUUAUUACAGAGCUCAGCCUAUCCUGACCAGGCCCUGACUCCACUCUCCAGGCAGCGCGGCGGUAGCUGAUGUGAUUGCUGCCUGUUGUAGCCCACCAGUCGUAGAGGAAUUGCCCGCUAGUUCAGCGUCAAGACCAAAGAGGGACUUGUCCUGAGUUGAAGUUCCUGCUCUAUUUUUAAUUGUUCAUCAUAGAUUAGUGGAUAUAUAUAACACCAUGUUCAAGAAGCCAUUUCAUGUCAAGUCUAAUGCUGCAAUGAAAGGAUCAGAUAAGCGUAAGAUGAAGAGCUCUGUCCUGCUGCAGUUUAGUGAAAUCACCUCAGACCAGGUGGAUUCCAUCUUUCCUAACAAAGCCCAGACAACUUCAAUGAAGAUCCAGACACACACAGGGGAACAUAUGGUGGUCUACUGCGUAGAUGGGGUUCCGGCUUUCUUCGAGAAUGAGAAGGUUCUUUAUCCUACAGUUUACACGCUCUGGAAAUGUCCAUCAUUGCUACCAUGUCUCACUACAUUCCCUGCUGUAAUAGAGAAAUUGAUUGGAGGAGCUGAUCUCAUGCUACCAGGGGUAGUCAUGUCAGAGACGGGACUUCCCCUUCUGGAGAAAUCACAACUAUGCAGUGUGAAGGUUGUUGGUAACCUUGCUCCUAUUGCUAUAGGAACUGCCUCCAUGUCAUCAUCAGAUAUGUUGGGUUGUGCAAUGAAAGGAAAGGGAGUGUUCACACUGCACUGUUUUGGUGAUCACCUGUGGGCAACUGGUGGCAAACUUAAACCACCACAGAUCGACCCGAUCCCUCAAGACUCGCCAUCGCACAGUGAUAGUGCCACCAAUGUUGAGAACUCUGCAGGAAGUGACAAUAAGACAAACAGGACUGAUGGCCAGAGGGUGGCUGAUGGAGACGUAUGCCAAGGAGAUGAAGAGGGUGGGGUCAGGGAUGGUGGUAUUGAGGAAGAAGUUGCUGGUCUAUUGCUGGGUGGAGGAGCAGUCGGAGGAGAGGAGGUAGUGGAAGAAGAUGCAGCGGAAGAAGUUUCACCCAUAGAUGCCAUGGAUGAACUUCUCCGCCAGUGUUUAUUACACAGUCUCAAGAAAAAAGUGAAGCCUUCAGACUUGCCAUUGCUGACGAGCUCAUUGUAUAGGAAUCAUAUGCAGACAUGCUGUCCAGAAGGGAAGAGUCUAGAUCUGAAGAAAUCCAGCUACAAGAAGUUGUCCAAGUUCCUGCAAGCCAUGCAGGAGAAAGGUCUCCUAGAUGUGAGGGAGUUGCGCGUUGGUGUUGAUAGCGUCACAGCAAUCCACAAAAACCAUGAUGAAAUACGAUAUUUUGUACCUUUACCUGAUGAAAGCGAUUCUGGUGAGCAAUCUGGUGCAGCCUCUAUCCAAUCCUCAAGCUCGAAGGCACCUGAAGGACCCCCAGAGAUAAGGCAAUUCUAUGCUGUAUUACCCAACCAAGUACCAGUACUCCAGCACAGUGGGUACAAGAGAGGAUGUUGGAUGACAAAAGAAGAUGUCAGGAAUGCCAUUACAGCCUACAUUAAGAAUGAGAGCUUGGUAGACCAAAAUGAUUAUAGUCGUGUUACACUCGACCCUAUUCUCCAUGAUGCUGUUGUAAACAAGUCUGAAUGCAGCAUAACUCAUCUCAAAUGGGAUCAGCUUUUCACAAGGUUUUUGCAUAAGAUGAAUCCUGGUUAUCAGAUAGUCUUCCCUGGUGAGCUCCCAGCUGGAGUUCAACCUCAGAUCCACAAAGGCCAGGUCCAGCCAAUCAUACUAAAGUUAGACCGCAAAGCAGGCAACAAAUGGAUCACUGUGAUCCAGAACCUAGAACAGUUCAGCCUGGACCCCAAAGAGUUCGCCCACCGGUUGCAGAUAGCUGUAGCAGCCAGCACUACGGUCACUGAAUGCUCCAAUGCCAAGCUUGGCCUUCAGGUCACCGUGCAGGGCAACCAAAUAAAGUUCCUUGACAAAUUUCUAACAGGUCACUACCAAAUCCCUAGGAGGUAUAUCGAUGGUCUUCAGCAGACUGCAAAAGCCAAAGGAAAAGGAAAAAGAUGAUGAAGGCUGUCAAUGUUGGGUCAUAUUAUUUUAUGUAACAACGAUAUAGAACUUAAUAUAUUUAUAUCUAUGCAUGAUAGAUUGUAUCAAAACAUUUUGGAAUGAUUUUCAUUUUGAUUUCCCAAGUUGAUUCUUAACUUUGUCAUUUGAAUACGGACUAUAAAAUGAAUAAUUUUCAUGACUAAUAGAGUUCUUAAAGGACAAGGCCACCCCAACAAAAAGUUGAUUUGAAUAAAAAGAGAAAAAUCCAAUGAGCAUACCACUCAAAAAUUCAACAAAUUCGGAUGUAAAAUAAGAAAGUUAUAACAUUUUUAAAUUUUUGCUUAAUUUCACGAAAUAGAUAUAUGCACAUCCCAGUCGGUAUGCAAGUUGAGGGAACUGAUGACAUCACAUUUUUUGCUCAUUGUCUUGUGAAAAGAAGUUUUGUUCCUCCAUGAACAUGUGGAAUUGACACUGUUUAAUAUUUUAUAGUUCAGUUAAGUUGGUCCUUAUUGUCAAAUCUGUAAAAAUUGAAAUUUUGUAUAAUUCAAACAAUAAAAAACAAAAGAAAUAGUGAGGGACAUCAUCGAUUCUCUCAUUUGCAUGUGACUAAAUUGUGCAUUUAACUACUUUGUGAAAAAUAAGCGAAACUUUAAAAUGUCAUAACUUUCUUAUUUUACAUCUGAUUUUGAUGAAAUUUUCAGUAUUAUGUUUGUCUGAUUUUUCUCUAUUGAUUCAGAUCAACAUUUUCUGAGGUGGACUUGACCUUUAAGUAUACUGUCAAAAAUAACUAACCAACUCAAAAUAAUAUUUAAAGAUAUUACAGGCAUAAGUUUUUGUACAGUAUUGUGUGGCUGAUAUGUACACUGUACCAUGGAUCCAUUAUUUGGAUCUAUGAGAAAUAAAGUGCUAUAUGAGUAAAUUAUA